UAGCACCACGUGGUGCUGCGAGGAUGGCGACAUCCGAGAAACAUUUUCUGCCAUUUAUGUGCACCUUCUUCCCCUCAAAUUCUAUCUUAAAACCCAACAAGGGGUAACGAGAGAAUGAAGAGCCGAUGGCUAGUGUGGCUAUUGGCGAUACUGGGCGUCAUCGGAGCCACACUCUUCAUAGCAAGCAUGAUCCAAACCUGGGAGAACAACUUCCUAUGUUCCAUAAGCAGAACCAUGCAGCAGCAACAGUUCACCCACGGUCCCACAUCGAUGCAACUCAAGGCCAUCCUCCACUACGCCACCUCGCAGGUUGUCCCUCAACAAUCUCUCUCGGAGAUCACCAUAACCUUCGACGUGCUCCAGGCCCUCCACCGGCCCGCCAACUUCCUCGUCUUCGGGCUGGGCCGAGACUCGCUCAUGUGGGCCAGCCUCAACCCGCACGGCACCACGCUGUUCCUCGAGGAGGACCCUAAGUGGUUCGGGAUCGUCACCAAGGACGCGCCGAACCUCCUGGCCCACACGGUCCGUUACCGGACCCAGCUCCGAGACGCCGACAGCCUCCUCUCCUCGUACAGCUCCGAACCCGCGUGUUUUCCGGCGACCGCCACGCUCCGCGGCAACGAGCGUUGCAAGCUCGCCCUACACAACCUCCCUGACGAGGUGUAUGCUAAAGAGUGGGAUUUGAUUAUGAUCGACGCGCCGAAGGGGUACUUCGCGGAGGCGCCGGGGCGCAUGGCGGCGAUAUUCUCGGCGGCGGUGAUGGCGAGGGACAGAAAAGGAUCCGGUGUGACACACGUGUUUUUGCACGAUGUGGAUCGGAAGGUGGAGAAGGUUUACGCGGAGGAGUUUCUGUGUAGGAAGCACUUGGUCAAAAGUGUUGGGAGGCUCUGGCACUUCCAGAUUCCUCCCAUGGGUAAUCACACGAGUGAUUACACACGCUUCUGUUAGGGUUCAGGAUUAUUAGUCAUUUUUUUUACCGGUGUAAUGAAAUACAGUACUGAAGAAGAACAGUGAAAUGAGCAUAUCUUAUUUUUUUUUUAAUCAAGAAAAAUUUAAGUGAGUCGAAUGUGAAAUCAGAAUAUGUCUCAUGGUUUCUUAAAGCACUUGAUAAAGUUCUUACGAUCACUCACCAAUAAAGAAAAUUCUUUAUACUGACAUGAACAUA